GCACGGAGGAAAUGUCCCGGUAGAACAUGGGCCUGUAACGAACCGAUAUUUCUAACAUUCUCCUAUAAGGAGAAGGACAGAGAAAACGGAAAGAUGAAGAUCUGGAGUACAGAACAUGUUUUCAGCUACCCGUGGGAGACGGUGAUCAAGGCAGCGAUGAGGAAGUACCCUAACCCCAUGAACCCUAAUGUGGUGGGAGUGGAUGUGUUGGACAGGAACCUGGAUACCGACGGACGGCUCCACAGCCACAGACUCCUCAGCACCGAGUGGGGCCUGCCAGGCAUCGUACGAGCGAUCUUGGGGACCGGUCAUACCCGGACGUACGUCAAGGAGCACUCCAUCGUGGAUCCCGAGGAGAAAAAGAUGGAGCUUUAUUCAACUAAUAUAACUCUAACCAAUCUGGUGUCAGUGGAUGAACGACUGGUUUACAGACCUCAUCCAGACAACCCAGAGGUUACUGUUCUGACCCAGGAGGCCAUCAUCACAGUAAAAGGAGUCAGUUUGAGCAGUUACCUGGAAGGAAUGAUGGCCCACAGAAUGUCAGCUAAUGCCAGAAAGGGUUGGGAUGCUAUUGAGUGGAUCAUUCAGAACUCUGAAAGGGAGAACGUUCCUCUGUGUGAGCUGUACUGACUCUGGUAACUACUCUUCCCUGGCUGAGCUCAGCAGCACCUGACUGGUAACUACUCUUCCCUGGCCUAGCUCAGCAGCACCUGACUGGUAACUAUUCUUCCCUGGCUGAGCUCAGCAGCACCUGACUGGUACUAUUCUUCCCUGGCCUAGCUCAGCAGCACCUGACUGGUAACUACUCUUCCCUAG